AAAAAAUUGAAACGUAAAACAACAAAAAAGCUAGAGUGCUACAAUGGGGACAAUCCCUUGUAACUGUGCUGGAGAAUCUCGUCUUUGAUGCGCCCAAUCCAUUCUGACUGCUACAGUGCUACCAGCACUAACACUAUGAAUAAAUUUUAUUUUUUCAGUAAAGAGUGGAUUGCAAGGAUUGUGCGUAUGUACGAGCUCACGAAAGAAGAGAUUCUUUCGUAUAACAGGCUUACGAAAGAAUCUCGCGAACGGGAGAAAGAGAGGGAGAAAGGGGGAGGAGAAGCUAGAAGGGCUAGGGGAAGAAUGGAUUGCCGCGGCGAUAACCAGCUGGUGGCGAUACACGUCGGCGACUACUCUGCUCCGAUGAUGACUUGCAGCGGAGAUAACCUGGCGGAAACCAGCGGCGGAUCGCAGAUCUAGAACGUAGCCUGCCGUCAGCGACUACUCCUUUUUCGUUUGUUAAAUUUAUCAGACUUGCAAAAGCAGAUGCAUGGAGUCCUGUUCAGAGCAGAAUUAGUCGGGAACAGGGAAGGGUAUUUUUGUCUCACCAUUCAAAAUUGGUCCUAUUUAGGGGUUUAAAACUUCGAACUCCUAUUUACGUUCCCAACUAUACUUUUAGUCCUAUUUAGGUCUAUUUCCCUAAAUGUAUUGGGCUAGCUCUGUUAUCAAACUCGUGCAAUGGCAAUAUGCCCAUUCAAUUUGGGUACAAGUGUACAACCGAAUUGAACCAUCCUGCUUUCAAGUUGCUAAACAGUACCCCUGGCGAGGACGUCUGCCACUACCCGAAUCUCGA